AUGAUUUGUGCUAAGUGCGGCAUAAAUUCGAAGGACGAUUCUUCUUUGACCUUUCAUAGAUUUCCUCUGCCAUCCGUACGUGACUCUCUAAAAGCCAAAGUUUGGGCCAAGUUCUGCUUCCCGGAUGAAGAUUGGACAUCUGACCAAUCUCUGCGUAGUUUGUACAAGCAGCAUAAGAUGCUAUGUGCAGACAGGCUUGCUAUAAUUAUCAAAGAGGUCUUGAACACAUGUUUUACAUGUGGGUUGAUAGUAAUUGGCACAGUAUGUGACUGUGAUCUAGUAAAUUUACGCGCCCUCAACUUAUUGGGGUCUACAAAAAUGAAACCAUUUUUUGAUUAUGAUGGUCAUGAAAUUGUUACUGUGCUGGAUCCACCCCAUCUUUUAAAAUGCUUCAGAAAUAAUUUCAUGAAGCAUAAUGUGGUAUUUCCUGAAGACAUUCAGAUUGAUGGGCAGCAGAAAACAGGUUGG